AUGGAGGACAUUGGUGUCGAAAAUAUGAAGGGUUUGGCGGAUGCUUUUGCCACAUCUCAAAGCGUUGAGGAUUUCCUCCUGGACCCCAACAUUUUCAUUCCAUUGCAGGCAACGACAGUUGAGGAAUCCAUGAAACUUGUCUGGAGUAUAUUUGAUUACGACGGAGUGGUGGUUGAACUAAAAAACUUGAAAGGCCUGCAUAUACCCUUUUCCAGGUUGAACAUGGCACCCUUCAAAAUGCACCAGCUGAAAAACUCCUGGCACACCAUAAAGAAACACUUUGACCUUAGUAAGGUGUCUGUGGAGGGCUUAAAAGUGCUGCGAAAGUUGCUCAAAGACCUUCCGCUGGAAGAGCUGACCAGACCCACGCUGCAGAAGACCAUCAUUCACAACAAGGGGAGCAUGAACGUAUUGCCGCAGGAUCAAACGUUCGUGCUUUCCAAACUUGAUGAAGCGAAGAGGAUGUUGCCGGAGCAUCCAACAUUGGAAGUCCGAGCAGGACUGGAAAGGAUGUUUGGACCCAGAGCUAGGUUCUUCACGUGCAUGUCCAUGCACGAGUGUGUUAACGUGCAGACAGAACUCGACCAGCGUCCACCGGACAUCUUGCGACCUUUGGCAGAGAUCGCCACUAAACCUAAUGUCACCUUCUGGCAAUUUUAUGUGGACAGCCCACACACUCAUUAUAUGUCCACAUUCCGGCACCCCAUUAGUGGCUUGAUCGUCACUGGUGGCCUCGGCCACCCGAAUUACGUUCAGGCGGUGGCCACCAGAGCUGAGGACUACUACAUCCACAUGAUGGACUUGGCCAGGAAGGCAGCAGGUAAUUAUAACCUGAGAAUAGAGAUCGUGGAGGGGAAAGAAGGGAAGGAACUGGAAGAUUUGGACCUGGUUUCUCCGUGGGAAUUCUUCAACUGCGAGGCAUUGUAUAAGUGCCUGAGGGACUUCCCCCUCGUUGUCCCCUUUAAACGGGAACACGAACAGCCAAGUGUGAAUGAGAUACUGUCUCGCUGUCUAAAGUAUAUGGCUGACCAGCUCCGGCAACUCGGGGAGAAGCACACAGGCAAAGGCGGCUUUCUCCCAGUGUGGAAGGCAUUCCAGCUGGAGCUUGCGCUGGAGGAGGCAUUAUACGGGCACCCCUUGUCCAACAUGGACAGACAGUACUCGGCAGCACUGGGGACCAGCUCGCUGCACGAGUUCAGCGCAACCAACAUGAGGGGCUUCAUGGGCCUGGGUGCAGCAACUGGUGCAGCUAUUGACGACUGCCCACCUCCUCUGGCACACUGGACAAGGGACACACUACAGAUGAAAAGAAUCGAGAGGCUAUUUGCUCUCACAUUGACUCUCGAGUGCGAGCCUUCCGUGCUGGGACCUGAGCUUGUGAAGCUGCUGCUGAAAGACCUCUUCAGGAGGAACGACGGCAUCUUCAUCUCAGAGCUGCAAGGGGAAAAAUGCCCAGAAAAUCUGAAGGGACACAUUAAUCUGGCUUCACUGACGGAGAACCUGGCCACCAGAGACUCCUUCCCGACCCCAUUCACCUUUGCCCGGGCGAGGAAGCUUGUUGAGGGGAAGGCAAGAAUGUACAAGAAUGCCUGA